CCUGUCCAGAUCCCUCUGCAGAUCCUCCCUACCCUCCAGCAGAUCCACACUCCUGCCCAGUUUAGUGUCAUCUGCAAACUUGCUAAGGGAGCGCUCGACCCCCUCGUUGAGAUCAUCAAUAAAGACAUUGGACAGAAGUGGCCCCAGCACUGAGUCCUGGGGACACUGAGGACACCGCUUGUGCCCGGUCCAACUGGGCUGAACUCUUUGGCCCCGCCACCCAGCCCAGUUUUGUACCCCGGAGAGGCUGCAUCUGCCCAGGCCAUUGGUGGCCAGUUUCUCAAGCAGAACGCCGUGAGAAACAGUGUCCAAGGGUUUACCAAGGCCCAGGUUCACCCCAUGCACAGCCUUUCCCUCGCCACUGAGCAAGGAACUUCAUUUAAUUCACACAAGAGACAGCAGAUGAGGUGUAACAGUUCCACCAUCAGCUGGAACCCUAUGCGAGCGUUUAAUCAUAUUGCUAAACCUUCCAGGGACGGUUUAGGAGAAUGAGGGCACUUGGGUCUUGCCUAGACUCUAUCCUGCCCCAAAUCAUGGACUCGAGGAGGUGGGAAGGGACCUCUAGAGUUCAUCUUGUCCAACGCUGCUGCUUGAGCAGGGGCAGCGUCCAGGCAGGCUUUGAUGAUCCCGAAGAACGGAGUGCGUGGACCUCUGUCCAAGGUCACCUUGCUGGGACCAUCUGGGAGUGGGGCCGCUGAAGAGCUGUGCGUCCCCUCUGCUGGUGGACUUUUCACCACCUCUUCCCGGCACUGGGACCUUGCAGCUAUGGGGGCUACGGUAUCCCCGCCUGUGACCACAGUGGGCGAUGUCCACCCCGCCCUGCUGAAAGGAGGCAGCAGUGGCGUUCCUCAAGCCGCAGCUCUUCCAGAAGAGGCCACGACACUGGUCACCCGGCAGCCCCAGAGAGGUUCUGAAGCCGGUCCCUGAGGUGGCCCCAUGACGGCCACAGCCAGGCUCAGUGUGCUUGGGGCUACGACUCCCCAAGAGGCAGGAGGCAUCAGUGGAGCAGGGCUUGGGAUGCUGCUCGUGACGGGGGCUGAGCUCUGGGGCCUGAAGGCUUCAAUCCAGCGUCCUUAGGGAGAAGCAAGCACCAACAGCCAGGCUGGAAUUCCUCCAGGGAACGGCGCGGCCAAGAAACCGACCCCAGCAUGGGUCCUGCAGCUCUCCAGGAACAAGCAGGGUGGGGCUGGAACUCGGUGGGCUUUGAGGUCCCUUCCAGCCCAAACCGUGCUGUGAUUGGCUGAGUCUGGGCACGGUCUCCGAAAGCUCUGUGAUGUCACAGAGGGACCCCAGUGACUCUCUCCUCUUGAGGUGUGCAGCAGCCCCGCAGGGCCACUGCGCUGUCCUCACGCGUGGAGGACAGGUGUCUGACAGGGAGGGGGCGAACGCCCCAUCCUGCGAGCUCUUUGCCGAGAGCACAGACAGGUUCUGCUGGACGGGGACACUGGCAGGACCAGGGCGCUGGUCCCGACCUGCUGUACCCCGAUCCUUCUUGUGCUGCCCUCGUGGAGAGGCCAGGAACCGCUCUCCUGCCUUCCCGAUUCCUGCCAGCACGUGUUGGAGCAGAGCAGGAGCUCACGGAGACGUUCCUCGUGUGAUUCGUCUGCUCCAAGACACCCUUGGCACUCACGGUACCACGAGCGCAGCCUCGAGGCCGAGCGAGCGCCUAUUCAGCGCAUCCCUCCAUCCCCUUUGCUGCUUCCCGCAGGCUGCGUCUCCAGGGCCGGCCAUCAGCUUGGCAUCAUUUUCCUUUGCCGCGUAAGAUGGCAUCGGAGCAGGACGUGGUGGAACAGAGCACCUCUUCUGCAGUGGCCAGCACCAGCUGGGCGACCCAGGCCGCGGUGCCGGAUGCUUCCGCGGUCCUACACUGCGUGAUUUGCCUGGACGCCAUCAGUCAGGAAGCCUGUGUGAGGCCAUGCCAGCACAGGUUCUGUUUUCCCUGCAUCUGGGACUGGGGCCACCAAAGAACCACGUGUCCCCUCUGCCGGCAGACUUUCCACUACGUGUUCCGGAGGCUGGGGCCUCGCAGCUACGAGAUCUACGACAUCAGGCGCCACGUGUGUGGGCGCAGGUCUCAACCCCGCUCUGACACAAGGAGGAGGCGGCGGCGUUCCUCAAGCUUUUCCAGAAGAGGCCAGGAUGGUGGUCACGCAGCGGCUCCGGAGAGGGCCAGAGACAAUUCUCCGAGGAGGCACCACGAUGGCCACGGCUGGGCUCAGCGCGACCGUGUCUCCAACUCCUCGAGAAGCCAGAGACAGGAGUGGCACCAGGCUUUGGAUGCUGCUCGUGACCACGGCCGAGCUCCAAGGCCUGAACAGGACGACCCAAUGUCUUCAGAGAGGAGCCAGCGGGCAGGCAGGCAUUCCUCCAGGGAACAGCGGGUGUCGAGGAGUCGUUCCCGACACAGAUCCCGCAGGGAGCAGCAGCCAUCGAGAAGUCGCUCCCGACACAGAUCCCGCAGGGAGCAGCCGGCAUUGAGGAGUCGUUCCCGACACAGAUCCCACAGGGAGCAGCGGCCAUCGAGAAGUCGUUCCCGGAACAGAUCCCGCAGGGAGCAGCGGGCAUCGAGGAGUCGUUCCCGGCACAGAUCCCGCAGGGAGCAGCGGCCAUCGAGAAGUCGCUCCCGACACAGAUCCCGCAGGGAGCAGCGGGCGUCGAGGGGUCGUUCCCGGCACAGGUUCCACAGGGAGCAGCGGGCAUGGAGGAGUCGUUCCCAACACAGAUCCCAUAGGGAGCAGCUGGAGUGGAGGAGUCGUUCCCGGCACAGAUCCCGCAGGGAGUAGCAGGCAUCGAGGAGUCGUUCCCAGCACAGAUCCCCCAGCAUCCAGAAAGCACAGUGACUGCCGCAGAGGAGGAGGGGUUAGGAUGAGGAGUGAGCUCCAUGACCUGAACUGGACAUCUUAUCUUCCUCUGGCAGAGGACAGCGUCACCAGUGAGGAGGCCACGAUUUCUCCAGGGAGCAGCAAGGAGCCAGUCUCUGCGGAGGGUCGGCAGCCGUGCAGGGUGCAGGCACCGGUAGCAAAACCAACCAAGAUGGGUCUCCAAGGCGGCACCACGAUGGCCCCGGCUGGGCUCAGCACGCCUGGGGCUACAACUCCUUGAGAAACCAGAAGCGAAAGCAGAGCAGGGGUCGGGAUGCUGCUCGUUAGGAGGGCCAAGCUCCAAGGCCCGAAUGGGACAUCCCGCCUAAGUCAGACAAUCACCGAGCGGUUUGGUUGGAAAAGACCUUGGAGGUCAUCCGGUCCCACCAUAACCGUCCACUACUAAACUACAUUCCUGAGCACCUUGUCUGCUGUCUUUUAAUUCCCUCUGGGGACGGGGACUCCACCACCGCCCUGAGCAGCCUCUGCCAGUUCCCAAGAACCCUUUCCAUGAAGAAAUGUUUCCUAAUAUCCAAUCUACACCUGCCCUGGCACAACUUGAGGCUGUUUCCUCUUGUCCUAUCCCUUGUUACUUGGGAGAAGAACCCAGCACCCACCUCACCACAACCUCCUUUCAGGCAGUUGUAGACAGUGAUGAGGUCUCCCUCAGCCUCCUUUUCUCCAGGCUGAACAACCCCAGGUCCCUCAGACGCCUCUCAGAAUCCUUGUUCUCCAGCCCCUUGUGACUUCUGGAUUUUACAUUUGUCUCAAAUGUUGUGUUUGGUGAGGCUGGAAGAGUAAAUAAGCCCCUGAACUGCUCAGUCCGCUUGCCUUGUGGCAGCUUGGGCACAAAGGGCGGGUGGACGGGCUCUGGCUCACGGGCUUGGUGAAGGAGAUUGGUUUAUUUAAGAUCUUGAUGUCCCUCAUCCUCUUCACAAGGGGCGUGUGAAGGGCAGAGACAGCUCUGGCAGGGGUUGAAUCAAACAGGAAGGUGGACUCACUGAUACGAGUCCCUCCACCAGGGCUUACUUGCUUUGGACAAAGUAGGAAAAUUUGUAGUAGGAGAAAAUUGUUUCCUGAAGCACUGACAGAGAGGUGGGCCCGUGCUCUUCUGCCUCACUAAAGACGCAGACAGCUCAAAGUUCUCAAAACCACAAUGCCUUGCAAUGGGUCUGAAGGCAGGCGUGAUGGGCUGUUGAGAAACACUAAUUUCACAAUAACCAACGCU